AUGCUUUCAGCUGUUCCCGUCACGAUCAUGGCGGACGAUCACAAGCUCAGAGCCCCUCCACCCGUCAGAGCCGCCUUUUAUCCUGGAAGUUUUUCCGUCAACUCCGCCGCCUCUAGUAGUAGUACUAUCGCCGCGGCGUACCCCGAAGCAAUGCCUCAGGCGGCGGAACCGAGCGUACUGACGCCGUCAACGGCGCUCAAUCCGCGCCACCACCCGCAGCUGCUUCUCCAGCUCGAUCGCCUUCAGCAAGAGAUCGAGGCGCGCGGCGGCCAUGCCGUUCUUGAGCUCACCGCCGCUACGAGGAAUCAGAUGCUGUCCAGCGGUAGAGAUCAGGCGACUCAGCAUGAUCGGAUGCUCUCAUCGGCGCCAGAUAGUCCACCUGCUGCUCUUGAUACUUCUCCCGGCGCUACUGCCGCGGCAGCAGCAGCUCCUGCUGCGGCUUGGACUCUCCCUCCCGGUAGUAGUCCGAGCACCAGUCUACUACCGCCGAAGUCGCCGGCGGGGCUUUGGAAAGGCCAAUGGCAGUCGCAACGGCCGCGUCAGCUCGUCAGACCGCCGUCCGUUCCGGCGCGGCUUGACAGCAUGAUGACGGCUCGUUACACUGUGGGCCGCGGCGACGGUUGCCGUCAGUUUCGUAGCAGUAUUUAUCCUGCUUCUCAAAGUACCUCCGCGGCGCCGCGGAUGCGCAUCGAGUCGCCCCGAAGCGGCCCGCAAGUCACGACGAUCGUUCGCAGCGAAUCUGUGCCUGACAUGGAUGAUAGCGCCCUAAACGCCGAGAAAACCGGCACCUCACGCGGCGCCGUCAGUCCUCCGAGACGGCCGUCGCGCAGCGUUGCGAAUCACUCCCACGCCGCCAUUUCGGCGCGAAGGCGUCUGAAUGCACGACCUUUCCGCUCGUCGUCGAACCUCGAUUUGCCCGAGAUUGAUUUCGCCAGCACUGAUGAUACUGCUACUGCUAGAAGUACUACGAGUCGGAGCACCAAUACCGUAUCCGGGGCAACGGCUACUGCUAGCGGCGCUAGCGGCGCUGCUGCUUCCAGUCCUCCUGCUCCGCUGCCCGCGGCGUCGCCAGCGGCGCCUCGGAGAUUUGCGCAACGCGUGCUCGUCCAGACUCGAGAUUUUGAAUGUGUGCGAGGUCCGCGAACUUCGCAGACGCCGCCAGGUGGCGUCGUUUCGCCUCGCGGAGAGCAUCGCCUUAAUGAUAAAUCGAGUCCCAGCAGCAGCAACACCUCUCAUCAUAGCAGGAACCAAUCAGAACAGGGUUACCCAUCUCCUUCCGUGAUGCACGGUGAAGCAGCGAGAGCAACGAUGCGUGUCUCUCACAGGAGCGCUAAGUCCCAUGGUGGGGACUACGGUGUGUGUGGUCUAACCUCGACUACUAACGGUUGCCUGGGAACCCCUGGAAAUAAGAAACUUGCGUGCGCUGUGCAUUGGCGAAGCGCGUCAGUUGCUGGCGACGCAAGCUCAACGGACUUUCGCGAAGGAUUUCGCAACAAAGCAGCUCCCUCUCCCUCUUCCAUGCAAAACAUGAAGCUCCUCGUGCAUGCGAACUCCAGCGGCGAAACCUGGGGAGAAGGGACCAUUACGCCAGCCAUCGAUGAGGGGCCGACAGUUCCAGCUCCUUCCCCACGUCAGCCGAUCAACCAGAGCACAUCUGGAAGCAGCUUCGGCCACAAAGUGGACCCUGUGGCUUGCUCGCCACGUCAGCUACAGCUACGAGAGCGAAUUUUGGGCAUCCGAUACAGUUGCAUCAGGGAUAAGUUCCACAUCAGCAAGGAGAAGAUCGGCGAGGGGGGUAGCGGCGAAAUCAGGAAAUGCCUGGAAUGGAGCACUGGAACAGUGUUUGCUUGCAAGACAAUUCACAAAUCAAAUAUCAAGACAAGAAGUGAGGUAUCUGAUUUGCGCACAGAGGUUCUCCUCAUGGACCUUCUGAAAUCACACUACGGAGUUGUGCAAGUCCACGAAGUGUUUGAGGACCACAAGGCCGUUCAUCUCGUCAUGGAACUAUGCAACGGCGGCGAUCUCUUCGACUUCAUACAGAGCGCCCCCAAGGGUCGUCUCACUGAGCAACAAGCCGCAUCCGUGAUGAGACAGCUGCUAGGAGCUCUCCACCACUGCCACUCCCUCGGUGUGCUUCACCGCGAUGUGAAGCCUGAAAACAUCCUCCUGUGCGACAGGGUGCCUCAACAGUCAGGCAACGGGGACGUGAGGAUAAAGCUCAGUGACUUUGGAGUGGCUGGAUUUCUCAAUGAGGAUGGUGUGUGCACGGACAGCGCAGGCACAUCAGAGUACAUGGCACCAGAGGUGGCCAUGAAAGCAUCCUACAACGCCAAGGCGGACGUCUGGAGUGCUGGAGUUGUGCUGCAUGCUAUGCUGGCCGGCGCGCUUCCGUCCUGGGCGGCACUACCAGACGAAUUCCAAGAGCCAGCUGGAAGUGCUGUCAGUGGUAGCAGCAAGGGGAAGGGGAAGACGAUGCAGGAGGGUAUUGCACAGAACGAGCUUAAACUGAAGAGCCGGGUGUGGAGGGGUGUGUCGGAGGAGGCCAAGCAUCUGCUGAGAGCCUUGCUGAGGAAGGACCCGGAGGAGAGACCCUCGGCUUUGGAGGCAUUGGGUCAUCCGUGGUUGAAGAAUGCCACACUGGAGUGCCAACAGCUGGAGAAAGGGCUCAACACUGAAUACAGCAGCAGACAACUUUUAACUUGA